UGUAUUCAUUUCAUUCUAAAAGUAGCAGCACAGCACAGUGGUAGCAGCAGCAGGUAGCAGCAGAAAGAAGUAGAAGCACUUAGAAGGUGCUAUUGCUUUAGAUUAAAAAUUUGUUCAUACCUGUAGUUUAUAUUUUUCCUCUUAUUUAAAGACACUAUCUUGCUUAUUAUCUUGUUUUAAUCAACUCAGUGUUGUGAAUUUUGCAGUGUUAGUACAGUAUGAUGGACUAAUCAAUCUUUGCGCAAUCUGCAUUAUCAGAGCAGGGACAGAGCAGACAGCUGUAGAAUGUUGCGGGAAAAGGAGGUGUCGACUGAGAAGAGAGAAGUGAAGCACUAUUUGUCGCACGAGCUGAUGCAAGAGGUGAAGCAGGCGUCGCCGGGUUCAAGGUUGUCACUUCCUCUGCGCAUCAACCUGGAGCGCUACAGUGUUUCCGACAGGCGCGAGAUCGUGGCCAAGGUGGAGGGUGGCUGUGCACCGCUGUUCGUCGCCUGUCGACGAGGCAACGUUGAGACGGUGGAGUAUCUGGUGGUGAAGUGUCACGCCAACAUAGAGCAGAGGGGCGUGUACGAGGUGCCCGAAGACAGGUCGGUGCACUAUGCGACUCCGCUGUGGUGUGCGGCCGUGUCGGGCAAGCUAUCUGUGGUGAAGAGGCUGGUGCAGCUGGGAGCCGAUGUGAACGCGUCCUCAGACACAGGCUCGACCGCAGUGCGAAGCGCCUGCUUCAUGACGCACAUCGAAAUCGUCACCUACCUGGUCGAGAGUGGCGCCGACAUCCUCAAGUCGAACCACAGCGGCGGCACCUGUCUGAUCAACUCCAUUCAGAACAUCCAGCUGUGCACUUUCCUUCUUGAGCAUGGCGCCUCUGUCAAUGCCAGCGACAUUCAGAACAAGACCGCCCUGCACUAUGCCAUCUCCGAGCACCGGACCGAAACCACCAAGCUGCUGCUACGUUAUGGCGCCGACCCUUUCUUGAAGAGCAUCUGUAACGACGAUGCACUGCAGACCGCCUGCCUCAAGGGUGACGCCGAGAUAUUCCACUACCUCAUUAACACCAUAGAGUAUCCGCCAUCCAGGAUUGCCGAUGCCUACGAACUCUUGGGAUCAACCUUCCUCGAUGAACAAUUGAGAACUCAGUUGACAUUACAACAGUGGAGGAUGGCAAUAAACUAUCGCAAACAGAAUGGAGAGGAUGGUAAGCCAUUACCAAAACUCCCUCACAUCCCACCGUCGGAGACAUUCAAUUACGCUGAAGAAUUCACAACUGAGAAGGAUCUUGAAAUGAUGGCUUACGAUGUUGAUGCUUUGAAAACACAAAGCCUGCUGAUUUGUGAACGUGUUCUUGGUGGACAACAUAAGGAUACACUGUUCAGGCUGAUGUAUCGUGGAGCCGCCUAUGCUGACGACUCUCGAUUUCAGUGCUGUAUCAAUUUGUGGAGGAAGGCCUUGGAGCUAAGGGUGGCAAAAGAUUCUGUGCUGUUUAGUGAUACAUGCUUCACUGCGCAAGCUCUUGUCAGGCAAUAUUUCGAUCUGAACGAAAGAAGCGCUGCUGGCAGGGCAGGCUGUGAAGAUAGACUCAGGUUCAAAGAUGUCCUGGCCACUUUCUACCUGCUCACUGAUAGAAUCCCCGAUUGCCAGCGGCUGCUCAGUUUGAGGCCUGUUUUCAAACGCCAGCAAGAGAGCUACGAUCGUAUACUCAAGUGUAUUACAUAUCUGAUCUACUUGAUGGUCGAGAUGGGACGCUGCGAAGAAAAGUACAAUAUCGUCUACUCUGCCGUGAAGAAGCUGGUCCAGCUAAAUCCUCAUUCCGUGUUAACCGGCGAUACUAUUCUCCAUCUUUUCCUGUCUCGUAUGAACACCAUUAAAAGCACUUUCUACUUCUUGAAAAACAACCAGCUAAUCUUCCCGAAUAUACCUGUGAUAAACUUGCUCAUCGAAUGUGGAGCGCCUAUUAAUGCACGCAAUUUCUCUCACUCUACACCUCUGCAUAUUGCGGCUAAACAAUACAAUUUUGAUGCUCCAACAGUUCAACUACUGCUGGAUAGUGGAGCACAUCUUGAUAUGCCCAACAAAAAAGGUGAAACACCAGCCAAUUUGAUUGUCGAAAAUACUGAAUCUACGAUUGCUCUGGUACCGUAUAUCUCUCUUCAAUGUUUAGCUGCAACCGUUAUUGUAAAAAAUCGAAUACCAUACGUUGGAGAAGUAUCAGUUCAGCUCGAGAAUUUCGUGAGACUGCAUGGAAAAUAAAAUGAAAAUAUCGUUUAAUUGAGGACCAAGUCCCCUCUUCCACUUAACCUUGAUAAUAGUUAUCGCAACACUACUUAUCGAUGUCAAACACUACUUAUCGAUGUCAAACACUACUUAACACAUCUCGAUGUCAAAACGUACUAUAAAAGAAUCUAAUAAUUUAAAAAUAUCCAAAUAAUAUUAAGAAGGACGUAGCAGUUGAAUUGCUUAUUUUUGGGGAUGAAGAAACUCACCCCGAAUCAUAGAAGUUUAUUUGUGUUUCCAAUGCUAUUCAUACUGUAUUAAAUUGUCGAGAAAAUGAAUUAGAAACGAAUGAGAAUAGGAACAGAUUUGAAGGAAAAACAUCAUGAUAAUCUGAGCAUGGGGUUGCACGUUAGAUUGGAUUCAUUUGGUAUGUAGCCUAGGCUACUUGUAUUCUGAUUUGUCUUCAUUUUUACUUAAUCAUUGCACUACAAAAUUCAAGUAUUUAGAAUUUACGAAGAUUUUUUUUUAUUUUUAUUCAUUUAUUUAUUUAUUUUACUUAUUUAUUUUUAAAUUUACGAAUUUACUCUAGGGCGGCCACUAACGACAGGGCAAGUAUGUUGAACAUGUGUGUACUCACAUCGUCAUGCAUUGUUGUGUCAUCACAGCGAAAGGCUUCAAACAAAGUUUUUGAGGUUAGGUUUUUGUAUCUUCGAUUUUUUGUUGUUUUUACUUCUCUGCUCUAUUUGAGGUAAAAUUAUUUUUGUAUCAUAUAAUUUCCAAUUGUUUACUUGCUUACUUAAUUUUCGCUGUUUAUUUUAUGUUAGAAGCUGCUGUCGAACAGUUUUUUUUUUGUUCGAAGCCUCUCGCUCAUGACACUUACUACCUCUUGUGUGUAGUGUGUACACACAUGCUCAACACACUUAUCCUAACGUUAGUGGCCACCCUAAAGCUUUAAAAUAGUGUAAUCAACUGCUUACUGACUAUAAUUCAAAAAUAUAUAUUGUAAUAUAUUAUUGUCAAUGCAAUUUAUGUAUAUUUGAAUGUAAUUAACUUAUAAGUGUAAUAUACCAAUAUAAAUGAUGAACUUGAUGUUAAAUGUACUUAAAGAAUACAGUCACUUGUUCAAUACAA